GUGUGGAAGGCAAGUCCCAGGCCCUGCUCUCACCCCUCGGGAACGCCGCUGGAACCCUCUUCCGGCCAGCAGCUUUAGAAGAGUGUUUCUAUUUUUGUUUUAAUAUUUUAUUUACUUGAAAGGCAGAGUCAAGAGGUGGCGGGGUUCAGCCUUUUGACAGUUUUUUUAUUUAUUUAUUUGAAAGAGUUUAACAUAGAAGAGGCAGAGAGAAGUCUUCUGUCUGCUGGUUCACUCCCCAGAUGGCUGCAACGGCCGGAGCUGGGCUGAUCCAAAGCCAGGAGCUUCUUCUGGGUCUCCCACAGGAGUGCAGGGGCCCAAGGACCUGGGCCAUCUGCUGCUUUCCCAGGCACAUUAGCCAGGAGCUGGACCGGAAGUGGAGAAGCCAGGACACAAACCAGCGCCCAUAUGGUUUGCUGGCACUGCAGGCAGCAGCCUCACCCACCACAGCACAGCUCUGGCCCGAGUUUUUCUCUGCUAGUUAAAGUAGCUUACAGAUCUCCAGUUUUCCAAAAGGUCAAACCCUGGCUGUCCCUGUGCUUAAGUGAGCACACAGUCAUUCUAGAAGAGACCUGAUGGCAGUUCCCAUGGGACACGGCAUUGGUCUGUGGUGAUCUCAGCUGUGUGUGACACUCCCGUUCCGACUGGGACGAGUGUGACGUCAACAGGAAGGAAAGCUGAAGCAGCGGAGCGAGGGAGUUGGGUAGGAGAGAGUUGGUGCUCCACCCUUCUGAUGGGAGUCCCGUCCCUGCAGGGGAGGAGGGCAGUGCGUAGUGCGGCUGCGUUCUUUGGGCUAAGCUUCAGACAACAGGGGAGGCACAGAACCCACCUGCUUGGCAUUUGUGGGGCAGGCUCUCUUCAGACACUGGCCUGUGUAUCGGGCAGCGCGGAGCCUGGCCUGCCGCAGCCUUCGUGCAGCACUGUGAGAUGCGAGCUCUGGCCCCAGCUCCCCGCAGCGGUGUUGAUGGCGAGAUGACGCUAACUGUCCUGCCAGCUGGUGGUGGAGCCGCUGAACUGUACCAGUUCCCUCACAUCCUGUGUCACAGUGGGUCCUGGCCCUUGGCUGGGGCAAAGUGGAAAAAAGGGCUGCCAUCUCCAAAAACAUCCUGACGCCAAGCCAGCCAGAGUCCUGGGGUAGGCCAUGCAGUUGAGGCAGGCGUCCCUCCUCGGAAUCCUCCGUCGUCUUGGCCUCUGGCCUCAGCUGCCCCUGAUUCUGUGGUUUCCCUGGAGCUCUGUUGCGUGCUGGAGAGCAGCCGCAUGAUUCCGCCUUUGCUGGCUUCACUCACAGUGUCCAGAAUCAGGAGCAGUGACCACUGUAGCACAGCGGGUUAAAACCCCAGCCCGCAGUGCCCGCAUCCCAUAUGGGCGCUGGUUUAAAUCCCAGCUGCUCCCCUUCCGAUCCAGCUCUGUGCUGCGGCCUGGGAAAGCAGUAGAAGAUGGCCCAAGUGCUUGGGCCCCUGCACUGUGUGGCAGACCUGCAAGAAGCUCCUGGUUCCUGGCUUUGGAGCGGCACAGCUCUGGCCAUUUCGGCUAUCUGGGGAGUGAACUGGUUGGAUGGAAGACCUUUCUGUCUGUCUCUACCUCUCUAACUCUGCCUAUGAAAUAAAAUCUUUAAAAGUUUUUUUUUUUUUAACAGUGACGAGUGGCCGGCGCCAUGGCAGUGCCGGCACACCGGGUUCUAGUCCCGGUCAGGGUGCCGGAUUCUGUCCCGGUUGCCCCUCUUCCAGGCCUGCUCUCUGCCGUGGCCAGGGAGUGCAGUGGAGGACGGCCCAAGUGCUUGGGCCCUGCACCCCAUGGGAAACCAGGAGAAGCACCUGGCUCCUGCCUUCGGAUCAGCGUGGACGAGCACGUGGAGUGGGAGAAGCCUGAUCUUUCUCAGGCUGAGGUUGAGCAGAAGAUCAAGGAGUACAACGGCCAGAUCAACAGCAACCUCUUCAUGAGCCUGAACAAGGAUGGCUCCUACACCGGCUUCAUCAAGGUCCAGCUGAAACUGGCCCGGCCCGUGUCCGUGCCCUCCAGCAAGAAGCCCCCGUCCUUGCAGGAUGCUCGCCGGGGCCCAGCACGGGGCACAGCCGUGAAGCGCCGCACCUCCUUCUACCUGCCCAAGGACGCCGUCAAGCACCUACACGUGCUGUCUCACACCCGGGCCCGGGAGGUCAUCGAGGCCCUGCUCCGCAAGUUCCUGGUGGUGGACGACCCCCGCAAGUUCGCCCUCUUUGAGCGAGCCGAGCGUCAUGGCCAAGUCUACUUCCGGAAGCUGGCGGAUGACGAACAGCCCCUGCAGCUUCGGCUCCUGGCAGGACCGAAUGAGAAGGACUUGAGCUUCAUCCUGAAGGAAAAUGACUCCGGGGAGGUGAACUGGGACGCCUUCAGCAUGCCCGAGCUGCACAACUUCCUGCGCAUCCUGCAGCGCGAGGAGGAGGAGCACCUCCGCCGGAUCCUGCAGAAGUACUCCCGCUGCCGGCAGAAGAUCCAGGAGGCCCUGCACGCCUGCCCCGUGGGGUGACCGUGACCCCUGGAUGGCAGGAGAGUAGGCAGCGCCCAGCGUGUGCUGUGUGAGUGUGACCGGGCCCCUGGGGCCUGAGGCGUGAGUGCGGGGGGAGGCCCUGCCCUGGGGAGAAGGAGCCGAGCCGACAGCCGAGGGGCUGGCCCCGUGUCCAGCAGCGGGUUUAGCGGGGCCUGGCUUUGCAGCCCUCAGCCCGUCCUGUACUGGGUUGGAGGGAGCCAGGGCUGCCCUAGGCUUGUAGCAGGGGCGGAACAGACAGAAGUUGCCUUAAUUUGAGUCUCAAAGAUGAGACUUUUGGGGACCUUGCAGACCACACAAGGUCAUGUUUGCAGGGGUGAGGGCCUUCAUCUAUGGGGGCUCAGAAAAAGCAGGUAUCCAGGAAGAGUCCACGGUUCCUUCUGGGGGGCCUUCCGACUCCUCCCACACCUGAGGUCAGGGAGUGCUGGCGCCCAGUGCUGUGACAGUGCCUCGGUGCCUCCGCGGGAGGCUGGCCCUGGAGCAGGGUCUGCGUGAAUGUGGGCACGGGGCCAGGACCGUACCUGUGUGCAGGUCAAAGCCGGGGUCUCCCCUUCAGGUAUUUCCGAUGGAGUGUGUGAAUGUAUGUCAUGUUUGGUGGCCUCAGCCGAAUGCCUCCUGUGGGGAAUGGGGUGGGGGACAGUCGUCAUCACGGCCUGAGAGAAUUGGCUGAAUAAAGAUUUGCGGAUCCUCUCGA